UUGAUUGUGCAAUCUAGGUUCAAUACAGCUCGUACUGUGGGCUAUGAAGGGGAUGUGGGGAACAAAACGACUCUCCACAUGUACCCAGAGAGCGCUGUGGAUUUGGAUGACCACACACAUCUCAUAUUAUUUCCCUUCAAAAUAAGGGACCUUGAGUGGCUAGUCAGCGCUUUCACCACAAAAUCUCUGACAAUGACAUACAGACGGAUGAAAUCCACAGUCAAAGCGAUUCAGGGUUUGAGGCUGAUUCUGAGCUCCUCAUGCACCCAGGUAAAGGUUCUCUAUCCUUGCUUUAUCCAAUAUGUCCAUGAAAACUGGCUGGAAAAAAAAGGAAGGUAUCCAUCCACUGGCUUUAUGAGUGUGGUGCUUGCAAUGCACAUUUGUGAUGAGGUCAGUGUAUUUGGAUUUGGCGCAGACAAGGAUGGAAACUGGAGACACUACUGGGAGGAGCUUCGAAACAAACAUUUUGGAACUGGACCCCAUGGUGGAGGGCAAGAGUACAAACGUAUUCUGGAACUUGCAGAGAAGCAGAAACUGAACUUCUAUAAAGGGUUUUGAUUGUUUUUCCGUCUCUCUGACACAAUGGUCGUGGCAGUAGUACAUCAGCACUUAAACAUUUACUGCCAACCUCACUUCUUUCUCCAUUUUUUAAGACUCCUCUAGUUAGGGUUGUGAUGAUUUGAGAUCAAACAUGGACACAUCUCUGUGGUUACAUUUUGUAGCUUAUUUUGUUGGUGUCUUGUUCAGCAGUUUGUCAAACUGUGGAGUGAGCUUGAGAUCUGGGGUCUCUUAUGGCCCUGACAAACCAUUCUUGCUGCACAUCGUCAGCAGAGAAGGCAGACCAAUUUGGUCAUGGCCAAUUCAACAUGUGCAUUUGGCCGAAAAGAUCACCGACGGCUUUUUUCGACAGCCGAUUGCACAUCACACACCAAACAAACUCAGGUAACCGAGCUCGCCAGACUGUCUGAAGACCGAUAAUCCGGUUUAUGUGUCAGGGCUUUUAAUGAAAGAGGGCCUCAAAGAAAAUUUCGUGGCUUCAGAUCUACAAGAAUUGAUGCAAAAUUCUUUGAGAGGAUAGUGUAAACUCUACACUAUGCUUAGGGGGGCCUGGUGGAUCUCUUCUCUGCUCUCUGGACUCUCUCUUUUUUGGGCGCUGUCUUUUUCCUCCUCUAGCUGACGGAUACGUCUCUCUAGGAGAGCUCUACUUUAUAUGUUUUUAAAACAGGUUUUAAAGUAGUAGCUUGGAAGGAUAUUAAGCCUGUUGCUUCUGCCGUCUUGCUGUCAUUCCACCUCGUUAGGAAAGGGGUAUUCAAACAUGAAUUAUAUUUUUGUUGUGAAAUAAUAAAACCAUGACAAGGAAAGCGGUCAAUAAGUGUUAUUUCAAACACAAAAAUAGACAAACAAAUUUUAAUUUCUUAAAAAACGGCAAGGAAGAACGGGGGUCCGUUUUUUUUUGUUUCUGUGAACAAAGACAGACAAAAACUGAGCUAGUCCGCAGAUCAUUUGUUUCUCCGGUUUCGCCGAAAGCAGGUGUGUUUGUUUUUCUAGCCUCACCUUGUGAUUCCUAAAAUAAGCUCCAAGCCAGGCUUGUUAAUCAGGAACGCCCAUGUAUGGCAUCAACCAAUGAUGCCAUGAUGAUUUCUUUCCGUUCUCAUCAUGUUCAUCAAGCACAACUUGUUCUUCCAUAUACUUGUGGCAAACUGGCAAACAUUUCACCCAGUUUUCCCUAAUCCUUUUACCUCCCCUCCCUCAUCCAUCAGUGAACAACCAGUUUACCCAAUCCCUCUAACCUUCCCUAAAUUGCCCCUUCCCCUUAGUAGAUACCCUUGUCCAUUCCUUUCACAACACCCUCUAUCCAUUAGGUGGUCUCGACCUCAUCAGCUUUAUUAUAAAGUAAUGUCAUUCUUUGUGUGGGAUUGUGUGUGGGUUGGGUUGUUUUAGCACCCUAACCUGGUACAGUAUGCACACUUACACCAAGUUGAAGGGGGUGGGACAAAGCGCAGAAGGCAUCUGAUCCGAUCAAUCAUAAUCAGACUGGCGCUGGUGUGGAACACACACGCUGCUUUUGUUGUUGCAAUAAACCCAUAAUAUAUUAAUUUUUUUUGUUUAAUUUAUUGUAUGACGAUAUUUCUAUGUGUGAGGUGCAUUGAACCUACCUCGUGUAUGAAAAUAAUAUAGAAAUAAAGUUGCCCUGCCUUCACUCGCGAAA